CUUCCAGCCAGCUCGUGCCUGUAACUCGAGCGGCGCAGGGGCUGACAAUGCGCGAUAUGAUGUGUGCGCGAUUAUGGCCCUCAACCUCCAGCGCUUCCUUAACUUGACGUUCUUUAUCUUCCUUUCGGUGGUCCUCUUCUUUCUGAUCAUCCUGACCCCCGCCGACGCCAUCUACCAGUGCUACAUCACCCGCCGCCUCACGAACAUCUUUAUCAUCACGGGCGGCUACGUCGUUACAUUCAUUCUCGCCAUCCUCAUAUAUGCGACCCGUCUCUAUACCAACCGUACCGUUCUAUCCGGAAUCCCCAAGGCCUGGAUCCCCGUGGAGAAGGAAGAUGUGGGCAAGAGCGUGCGACGACUGGUGAAGGAGGGCCUAGCCCACAGCGCGAUCAUCGCCUACCAAGCCCGACCGCGGGACCUGGCCGCCGAUGGGGAUGACUUCGCCAACUACGAAUCGCUGCUGAUCGACCGUGACCACCCUCCCUGGGGUCCCGUCGAACACCCGGGCUGGUCGUCGCCCUCGUGCGCGGAUCUGCCGGACCUCCCGUACCGAACCGUGAUCCAGGAACUGCCUCACCUGAUCGAAGCGAAAGCCGUCUCCCUCGCUCCCCCCGACCCGAUCUUCGCCGGGGUGCACCAGUCCCUCCGCGCCCCGUUCUCCGACGCCGAUGAGUCGUUCCCGGAUACCCGGGUGGUGGAAGUCCUGCGCCGACCGGUCUCCAUGGGCCUGCGCGCGUACCUGCAGCACCUGGCGUCGCUGGAUGUCGUCCAACCGCCGGAGGUGGGCGCGGAGUUCAUCGCGCGCUACGAACGGGCGCGCUUCUCGUCGCGGGAUCUCCACGAGAACGAGUUCCGGGAGCUGAUGCACGUCUUCGCGGAGCUGCUACGGGGCAUGACGGGGCUGAAUCCGCGUGUGCUGGCGGAGCUGCAGGCGGCGGCGGAGGAGGAGGAGGAGGAGGAGGACGGGGCCAGCAGUCAGACAGAGAGCGAGUCCAUUAUCGGACCCUCGGAUGAGGAAGGGGAGACGGAGACCAUUGAUUCGUUUCAGGAUAGUGAGGGAAUGUUGUCCCACGGGCGCAGCAACAGCCUGCGGCCGUCGAAUGCCUCGUCCUGGGAUGCCCGGUCCGCAAGACAGCACGGGCGCUGGUCGCCUGUCUGGUCGCGGCGGCCGACUACACGUGGUCGGGCCAUGGAGCCGCCGCGGACGCCAUCGAUGCGCUCGCUUAGGCGACUGCCGUCCAACAGCUCUGGUGGCAGCGUCAUUCAUUUGUCCUUCAUCCAACGAGGCGCAGCCUUCUUCACGCCGAGUCGCUCGGCCACCCCGGCAGACAGUCCCAAAGCCAGCGACGAGAAUGCCGCCGCCGCCGCCGCCGAAGAAGUCCAGCCCGCCGAGACGCUAUUCCCCAAGGUCGACCCGGCCGUGGACGGCGAGGAGUGCCUGCACGACUGCGCCUCCUGCACGGUGAAGUACCCAGCCAAAUUCGACGUGGACCAGGAAGACAACAUGUACGGGAACAUCAGCGAGUGGGCGACGCACGUGCUCGUCGCGACGGGCAAGAUGGACUGGGUGCGCGACGUGGCGGACGAGCCGGGGAGCGUGAUGGAGGCGAUCGAGAAGGGGGGGCUUGUUCCGAGCAAUGGGAAACUCAAACUCUCCGCCUCCAACAUGCCCGUCCCCGACGAAUACCACUACCACGAACCGGGCCAGCAACCCACCACCGUCCUCUGCCUGCCGAGCUUCACCCUCAUCGACCACGUCACGCCCGCCCUGGCGCCGGAUCUGAUCAAGUACUUUGUCAGCCGCGGCCCGACCACCACCACCCCGCUGACCAGCACUCUCGGCUCGGAACCAGAACCAGAAACGGAUCUCGAUCUCACGGGCCUGACCCCCCUCCGCGCCCGCCCCUGCCCGCACUCCGCCAUCAUCCUCCUCUGCUCGCACCGCACCCGCGACGCCCGCUGCGGCCAGUCCGCCCCGCUCCUGCGCAAGGAGUUCGAGCGCCACCUGCGCCACCUGAAUCUGUACCGCGACCUGGACGACGAGCGGCCCGGCGGCGUGGGGAUCUACUUCAUCAAUCACGUCGGCGGGCACAAGUACGCGGCCAAUGUGAUUGUCUAUCGGCGGAGGGAGUGGGGGUGGCAUCUUGCUGCUUCGAACGAAUCGUCUGCGGGAGCGGGGGCUGGAGCCGAUGCCGCGGCUGAAGGCGCAGCCCAGGGUAUCUGGCUGGCCCGGGUGAAGCCGCAGGACUGCGAGAAUAUCAUCCGGUAUACGGUGUUGCAGGGGAAGGUGGUUAAGCCGGCGGAGCAGUUGCGGGGCGGGUUUGAUCGGCAAACGGGGAAAACGAGUUGGUAGGUUGUUUUCUUUCUCGUGUAGGGGAGAAGUUCGCUGUUCAAUUUCUUUGUUGUUGGUAUGGGUUUAUGAGGGUUGGUUUUGUGGAAUGGUUGGGUUGCAUAUAUACCUACAUACUCUUUAUACAUUUUCAUACUUAUAUGGAUCUUGAUCUUGGGAUGUGAACAGAGGUAGAGGUAGAAAGGAGUUGGUACAUAUAGCAAAGGAGGG